AUGGACAAGCUGUGUAUCUUUGAAGGCCCUAAUGAUGACAGGUCAAACGAACCACACGAAGCAGCACAAGGCUCAACCGUUGACAAUGAAGAAAGGGCCGUGGCUUCUCAAGGAAGGAGGAAUGGGGACAAAAGAUACCUGCUCAGCGAGGCGGACAUGUUGAAAUUGAAGGAGUGGAACGGAUUGGCGCCAGAGCAAGUGGACCAGUGCUUGCACACUUUAAUCGUGGAGCGGUGCCGGGCCCAGGAGAGUGCCCCCGCUGUGUGCGCAUGGGACGGCGAGUUGACAUACGGUGAGAUGGAUGUGUUGUCGUCGGCACUGGCGGUGCACUUGAAGGAGCACGGCGUGGGAAUGGAGAUGUUCUUGCCAUUGUGCUUCGAGAAGUCUCGCUGGACUUCUGUGGCCAUUCUAGGAGUCCUCAAGGCAGGGGCUGCAUUUGUACUGCUGGACCCGAAGCAGCCACUCUCGCGGCUGCAGGAACUGUGUAGCACCGUGAAUGCUGCACUUGUUCUGUCUUCUUCAGCCAACCAGUGUCUCUGUGAAAAGCUGGCAGGUACUGUAGUGGUGCCGAGCAGCGUCCUGGAAGCCCCUUCGUUGUAUGGGCCACAGGGUUCUACUCCGACAGCCGUUGUCCGGCCACAUAAUGCUGCCUAUGCCAGCUUUACUUCCGGGUCCACGGGGCGGCCCAAGGCAGUCGUUGUCGAGCAUUCGGCAAUUUGCUCUAACGCUCUGGCUCACAAUGCCAAACUACACUUGCAUGAAGCGUCCCGUGUCCUGCAAUCAGCUUCAUAUGCAUUCGGGGCCAGCAUUCUGCAGAUGGUCAUGACCUGGAUAGCUGGGGGAUGCGUCUGCGUCCCUUCGGAAUCCGAGUGUCGAGACAGCCUCGCAGCGGCAGCCCGCAAUUUCAAAGUCAACUGGGCUUUUUUUACGCCUUCUUUCUUAAGAAUCGUUCGACCACGGGAUUUGUCCAGCUUAAAACAUGUCUUCCUAGGGGGAGAGCCACCCGCACGGAGCGACAUUACCGCGUGGGCAGACAAUGUCCAGGUCAGUGGAGCUUACGGUUCUGCCGAGUGCUCUAUUCUCUGUGCCAUCGUCGAAAACAUGAGGUCACUCUCGAUCCCACAAUCAAUCGGUCAAAUGACCGGGAGUGUUGGGUGGGUUGUCGAGCCUGACGAUCAUCAUCAAUUAGCUCCUCUGGGGAUGGUUGGAGAGUUGCUGGUGGAAGGACCAAGCCUGGCCCGCGGCUACCUAGGUGAUUCAAACAAGACCGCCCAAGUAUUUAUCGAGGCACCGAUCUGGUUUUCGGAAUAUUGGGAGCGGUUUAACAAGACGAUACGACGAGCUGGCAGAAUGUACAAGACCGGCGACCUCGUCCGGUACAACCCCGACGGCAGCCUGACCUUCGUGGGACGGAAGGAUACACAGGUCAAAUUGCACGGUCAGCGGGUGGAGUUAGGGGAGGUCGAGCAUCACAUCCGGGGUAGCCUGUCUGGCAAUGACGCUCCGCCGGUCGUGGCUGAGGUGGUGACGCCGUGUGGCAGCGACCACCCGCUGCUGGUCGCAUUCAUCGCAGCUGGCGAGACGUCCAGAAGCCCCGACCCAGCGCAGGCCGCGCUGAAACGGUGGGUGCAAGGCCUAGGGGACUGGCUGGCGGAGCGACUGCCACGGUACAUGGUGCCGAGCGCGUAUGUGGCCAUCGACACGAUCCCAUUGACGGCGACGGGCAAGACAGACCGCCGACGGCUUCGCGAGAUAGGAGCAGCGCUGACACCGGAACAGUUGGCAGACCUGCUGCUUCCGUCCCGAAGUGCUCUGGACGCACCGGCAACGGCGAUUGAGAAACAGCUGCUUGGUCUGAUCAGCACAACCGACAAUUUUUUGCGGAUUGGUGGUGACUCUAUAACGGCCGUGCAGCUCGUUGGAGCGGCUAGGGACCAGGGACUAUCGCUGACGGUGACCCAAAUCUUCGACGCGCCCCGACUCUGCGACAUGGCCUCUGUUGUUCGGGCAGAAGGAGACGCCGAGGAAACCAUCUUGCCCUUCUCCCUGCUCCGGCCGGGAACCGACGUGGAUCUUGCCCGAGCGCAGGUAGCGUCCCAGUGCGGUGUUGAGCCGAACCUGGUGGAGGAUAUUUUCCCAUGCACCUCACUGCAAGAAGGCAUGCUCGCCAUAACGGUCAAGCGACCUGGUAACUACGUUCAUCAGGCUGUCCUCGAGAUGUCGGGCGACGGCGACACCGUGAGGUUGGAGCGAGCCUGGCGAGAGGUUGUCGCGACGAUACCGAUCCUACGAACGCAGAUCGUGAACCUGGCAGGUCAAGGGUUGGUUCAAGUUGUGAUUGCGGAACAGGACACGUUCACGGUGGGCUCCGAUAUUGGGGCGUAUCUGGAAGCAGAUAAACAGGAGCCCAUGGGACUCGGCACGCCCCUUGCCAGGUUUGGUAUCAUCGACAGUCCUCGGAGUCAGCGCCCAGUAGUCGUGUGCACGAUACACCACGCACUGUUCGAUGGCUGGUCGAUGUCCCUCGUUCGGAAACAAGUCGAACAGGCAUAUCUCGGCCGUCCCCGAGACCGUCUGGUUCCGCUCCAGGGAUUCGUUCGACAUAUUCUCCAGAACACCGAAGGCGCGAACGAGUAUUGGCAGAGCCAGCUCGGCCAGUCCGAGGCAGUGCCCUUUCCAAGUCUGCCAUCUCCCGGCCACCAGCCGGAAGCGGACGACGUGCUUCAACAUCAGAUAUCGGGACUUCAGUGGCCACAGAACGACAUCACCCCAUCGACGGCAAUCCGCACGGCCUGGGCGAUUCUUCUAGGGCAAUACACCAAUACGGCCGAUGUGAUCUUUGGGGCCACGGUAACCGGACGGCAGAUGCCUGUCCCGGGGGUGGAGCGCAUGGCGGGUCCCACAAUUGCGACAGUCCCCGUGCGAGUGAGGUUGGACUGGGAAGCGGAUAUUCAUGUUCUCCUCCAGAAAGUACAGGCACAGGGUACGUCAAUGACGCCGUACGAGCAAAUGGGUCUCCAACAGAUCCGGCGGAUCAGCCCCGACACAGAACGGGCCUGCCAAUUCCAAAAUCUCUUGGUGGUUCAGCCCCCAGCUCCAGGGAACGGGAGGAACGAUCAAGAUACACGGUUCAAGCUCAGCACGAAGACGGAAAACGAGGGUGGCGAUGCAACAUGGAGAAACACGUUUAACACAUACGCCAUGAUGGUAGAGUGUUAUCUCGAAGAGGACGGGACGAUGGUCUGGAUCAGUUUUGAUUCACGGGUUAUGGACAGAGUCCAGAUCCAGCGAAUCGCAAGGCAGCUGGAGCAUGUGCUACACGAGCUGUGUGCCCAGCAGCGCGGGCAGGUACAGACCAGAGACAUCUGCGGACCGAGUAAAGGGGAUCACCAGGAACUCGAACAAUGGAACAGAAAGGUACCGGAACGGGUGGACCGUUGCGUACACGAAUUAAUCGCGGAACGGUGUCAAUCCCAGCCUGAUGCUGCAGCGGUAUGCGCGUGGGACGGCGACUUCACCUAUACAGAGCUAGACAGGCUAUCGUCCGUACUAGCAGCACACCUAUCCGAACUUGGCGUUGGUCCAGAGGUGUUUGUGUCACUCUGCUUUGAAAAAUCACGAUGGACCACGGUAGCAAUACUGGGGGUGAUAAAAGCAGGCGGUGCGUUUGUGUUGUUGGAUCCAUCGCACCCACGGGCGUGGCUUCAGGCCAUCUGCCAUAUGGUAUCGGCCCGGGUGACUAUAGCGUCUGUAAAGCAGAAAGGCAUUGCGGCCGAGCUACCAGGGCAUCCAGUACUCCUUGGAACGGAAGAGAACAAGUGGCGCGAGCAUACCCAGGCAGCAAUUUCACCAGCCCGUCCGGAUAAUGCCCUAUAUGCCGUGUGCACCUCCGGUUCGACUGGCUCUCCGAAAGGUACAAUCAUUGAACAUGCGAGCUUCUGUACUAGCGCUUCCUCAUACAGUCGAGCCUCCCACCUGACCUCUCAAUCCAGAGUCUUCCAAUUCUCAGCUUAUGCCUUUGACGCCAGUAUUAUUGAAAACCUUACAACACUUUUGGUAGGAGGCUGCAUCUGCGUCCCGUCAGAUGGUGCCCGUCAAGACCAUAUUGGGGCUGCAGCUAGCCAGCUCGGUGCAACAUGGGCGGAACUAACACCGUCGACUGCUCGUCUAUUGCAGGGCGAAGAUCUGGCGACUGUUGAAACGCUGGUCUUUAUUGGCGAACCGGUCACGGCGGCUGAUAUCACACGGCGUGGAAAGGUCAAACUGGUCAACGCAUACGGUCCUGCAGAAUGCUCAGCAAUCUCUAGUGUGCAAUCGAGUAUCCGAACCCAGGAUACGAGAAAUAUCGGGCAAGGAGCGGGAUGCGUGCAUUGGGUUGUUGAUCCUCAGGACUGUGAGACAUUGUUGCCAAUUGGGGCAAUAGGGGAGCUGGUGAUUGAAGGCCCAGUCGUGGGUCGUGGCUAUCUAAACAGCCCAGAGAAGACAGCUGCCGCCUUCAUUGAUCCACCAGCCUGGCUGCGGAAAUUCCGGGGUGAUACCUUUACCAGCCAAGCUAAUUGCGUCUAUAGAACAGGUGACCUGGUGCAGUAUGCCGCUGAUGGAUCGCUCCGCUUCAUUGGCCGCAAGGACACCCAGGUUAAGCUGCGCGGUCAGCGUAUUGAGCUUAAUGAGGUUGAGGUCUAUACGCACCAGUAUUUCCCAGGGGCGCAGGAUGUGGUCGCAGAGGUAGUAACACUAACCGAGACAGGACGGCAAAUCCUGGUGGCUUUUGUAUGCCUAGAUAUGAAGACCAAUUGUCAUGAGAAGGGGAUCGUUGCUCCGCCUACUGACAUCUUCCGAGCUGCUAUACCCACCGCUGAGGCCCGCCUUCACGAUGUAGUGCCAUCCUACAUGGUACCAGCUGUGUUCCUCCAGCUCGCAGCGAUACCACUGACCACCACCGGUAAAACUGACCGGCGUCGCCUGCGCAGCUAUGCCACAGCUCUCUCGGAGAUAGAAUUGUACAGCGUUGCCGCGAGUGUUAAGCGUGCACCUACUACGGUAGCAGAGCAGAUUCUACAGCGACUCUGGACUCGGGUGCUUAACGUAUCGCCCGACGCCAUUGGGGCGGAUGAUAGCUUCUUCCGUAUUGGUGGCGAUUCCAUUACUGCCAUGCAGUUGUCAGCUCUUGCGAGAACCGAAGGGUUUACCUUAAGCGUUUCCGAUAUCUUCCAUUACAAGACUGUCGCCGGUCUUGCACCCUUGCUUGACAUGAAAGGUCAACAACCCUCGCUUGAUGCGGAGGAAUUGUGCGAUGUCCUCUUCGAGCUGUCGCCUAUCCAGAGUCUCUUCUUUGAGACUGUGCCAAACGGCGCCGAUUACUUUAACCAGAGCUUCUUGAUCCCAUUGGCAGGACCAGUCGCCUCCCACGAACUGGCCUGCGCCAUCCCAAUGAUUGUCGACCAUCAUCCUAUGCUGCGCGCUCGUUUCAGUCAACGCAGCGAUGGCACCUGGUAUCAGGCUGUCUGUACCGAUUCAGAUACCAGUUACAGAUAUCACCAUUCCGUGGUCACGUCAUUACAGGAGGCAAAACCGGUGAUGCAAACCAGCCAGCAGAGCCUCGGCAUGCGAAAUGGCCCUCUAUUCAGUGUGGACCUAAUCGAUAUAAGUCCCGAUGAACAGCAAUACAUCUUCUUGGUAGCGCACCAUCUCGUGAUUGACCUUGUGUCCUGGCGAAUUGUACUAGGAGACCUGGAGGACAUUCUGCAAAACGGCCACGUUUAUGGGAUUAAACCCUUCCCGUUCCAGGCCUGGUGCGAACUGCAAGCGGAAUAUGCCCAUAACCAUCUGGGCCCUACGGAAGCCUUUCCCUCCAGGUUGCCUCCUGCGGUGCUGGACUACUGGGGAACAAACACACGCCAGAAUACAUGGGACACCGCAAUCCAUUGCAGCUUCACUGUCAGCGAACGUAUCACAUCGAUCCUGUUCGGAAAGGCCAACGAUGCUCUCAACACACAAUCGGUGGACAUCUUCCAGGCGGCGCUCUAGCAUGCCUUCGUCCGAACCUUCCCUAACCGUGCGCCUCCCACUAUAUUCAGUGAGGGUCAUAGACGGGAGCCGUGGGACCCCGUCAUUGACUUGUCCCGUACGGUCGGUUAGUUCACCACGA